CAGCAAUGUCAACUGAUCAGACACGCCAUUGUUGUGAAGUGCAUGUCCAAGCAGAUGGACAAGUUCAGCUGUCAGGAGAUGAAGUCGCAGACAACGCUGGCCGAGACAAAUUCCGUGCUACAGUAGACGCAGCGCAAUUGCGAAGAUCUGCAACAGCAGUUGCACGACAGGGAUGUGGAAACGACACAGCGUCAGCAGGAGUUCGUGUAUCUGCAACGCAGAAAGCUGUAAGAAGCACACGACAAAGUGCAGGAAGUGCAGCUGCUGGCCAAGCAGCGUUUCCUUGAGCUCGAAUCUCAGCUGCAGGCUAAAGAUGAGAAGUAACAAGCGCUGCAAGCGUCUAGCGUUGUCCCAGGAUGAGGUCAGCGCGUUGCGCACUUCGUCGCAGCGCCGCAAUCACAGCAAUAGCAAUAGCAGCCACAGCAACAGUCUCAACGAUAGCAGCGGCGAGUUGUGGCGUCUGACCAACGAGGUGGAGAGUUUGCGCUGUGUGCUGGAGCUGAAACAGGCCGAGAUCUCGACGCUGCACAAUGGGCGAUUUGAGCUGCAGCGUGAGAACGACGAGCAGCGCAGUCUGAGCAAUCGUGUCACGCUGCUGGAGGCACAGAACGAAAUGAUGCGCACAGAGCUCGAAAGCAAAACAGAGAAGGAAAAAGAUAUUCAGCGCCAGAUGGAGGAAAUGCAAAAGGCCUUCAACCACGAGAGCAUCAAGAGCGCAAAGCAACGUUUGUAUCGCUUUGUUGGUCGUUGUAUUCUCAAUUUUGAUGAGCUUCGCACGCUGAUUUGCCAAAUAGUGACCAUAAUUAAUAGUCGUCCAUUGAUAUCAAUUUCAGAGAAUCCUGACGAUUUGGAUGUGCUGAUUCCCGCUUAUCUACUGUUUGGUGGUCCUCCAACCGUGAUUCUGGAGCCCGACCUAACAACGCUGGACUACAAUCGAUUGGAUGCUUGGCAGCGUGUCACUCAGCUGCAGCAGGUCUUCUGGACAAGAUGGCGGGUGGAGUAUUUGACUCUUCUCCAGCAGAGAUGCAAGUGGCGCAGUCCUGAUAGUCGUCUCCAAGUCAACGACGUGGUCUUGGUCAAGGACGAAAAUUUGCCUUCUCUUCAUUGGUUGCUAGCCCGUGUCAUGGCGCUUAUCCCUGGCAAGGACGGCAAGUGUCAAGUUGCUGAGUUGAAGACGUCAUGUGGCAGCACCCGGAGAGCCAUAAACAAACUAUGUCUACUGCACCUGAAGAAUGAUGUUGGAAGACAGGCUUUCAACGGCGGGAGUUUGUCAGAAGCAGCAGACAGCGCAUGUUAAUGUAAUGCUGUGACA